AUGAAAACAUUAUUUCAGGGGAAACCACCACCACCUGAUAAGCUAUGGCGAGACGCUAUGACAGUCGUACAACUAUAUUUUCACCUGAAGGACGUCUUUACCAGGCGGGUCGAGUAUGCAAUGGAAGCUAUUAGCCAUGCCGGUACCUGCCUAGGCAUUCUUUCCACUGAUGGCAUUCUAAUUGCCGCAGAGAAGAGGAACGUGCACAAGUUGCUCGAUGAUACGGUGUUAGCUGAAAAGAUCUAUCGGCUGUCGGAAAACAUCACUUGCACUGUUGCUGGAAUCACCGCCGAUGCCAACAUCCUUAUCAAUCAUUUGCGAUGGUGGGCUGCGCAAUACAAGCUAUCAUAUGGCGAGGAGAUGCCCGUCGAACAAUUAGUACAGAAUCUCUGCAAUGAAAAGCAACGUUAUACACAAAUUGGAGGAAAGCGACCAUUUGGUGUAUCCUUACUGUAUAUGGGUUGGGAUAAACAUUACGGCUAUCAGUUGUAUCAAUCAGAUCCAUCAGGCAACUAUACAGGAUGGAAGGCUACUUGCAUUGGAAACAAUCAUCAGGCUGCCAUGUCACUCCUGAAACAAGAGUACAAGAGCCCCACCCUUGCGGAGGCAAAGAAGCUCGCUGUGAAAGUUCUUUGGAAAACUCUAGAUGUGAAGUUGACCAGUGAAAAAGUUGAAAUGGCUGUUCUUACGCGUCGUGACGGCAAGACUGUCGUGGAAGAGUUGACGGCUACCGAGGCGAAGAAACUAAUCAAGGAACAUGAAGAAAAGGAGAAAGAAGCAGAAACGAACUGUAUCAGUUGA